UGGCAAUUUACACACACACACACACACACACACACAAACACACACUUCCGAUGGCGGCUGUUUCAACUCACUCCACACUAUUUCACGAACUCAAAACCUCGCGCAACCUCGUUCACAAAAGUGACGUCAGCAGCCUUUGCUCUGUAAAAUUCCGAUCGAGCCCCAACAGAGGAGUUGCGGUUUGUCCUCAGAGUACAGAUGACGAUCACAAGCGCCACGACGACGCCGUUUUGUCAGUUCCGGAAUCUAGUUUUACCGCCUCCGCCGCCAGUUCAUCAGCCGAUCCUAAGGUGAAGCGACACACUGUUUCAGUGUUUGUUGGUGAUGAAAGUGGAAUGAUAAAUCGAAUCGCUGGAGUUUUUGCCAGGAGAGGAUAUAACAUUGAAUCCCUUGCAGUGGGACUGAACAAGGAUAAGGCUCUCUUUACUAUAGUUGUAUCUGGAACUGAGAAGGUGAUACAACAAGUUAUGGAACAACUCAAGAAGCUUGUGAAUGUAUUAAAGGUUGAAGACAUCUCAAAGGAGCCACAAGUGGAACGGGAAUUAAUGCUCAUCAAAAUCAAUGCGGAUCCACAACAUCGAGCAGAGGUGAUGUGGUUAAUGGACAUUUUUAGGGCACAAAUUGUGGACACCUCUGAUCACUCCCUAACCAUUGAGGUAACAGGAGAUCCAGGGAAGAUGGUUGCAGUGCAAAGGAAUUUAAGUAAAUUUGGAAUCAGAGAGAUUGCCAGGACUGGGAAAAUUGCCUUGAGAAGAGAAAAGAUGGGGGAAUCUGCUCCCUUUUGGCGGUUCUCAGCCUCUUCAUAUCCAGAUCUUGAAGCAGCAGUGCCUUUUGAUAGUGUUUCAAGGGCUGUGACAACUCAUGCGGGAGAAUUUGAAUCAUCUGUCGGGGGAGAUGUUUACCCAGUGGAAAGAGCUGAUGAAAUUUCUUUCAAUCAAGUCCUUGAUGCUCAUUGGGGCGUGCUGAAUGAAGAAGAUACAAGCGGGCUUCGGUCUCACACUCUUUCGAUGCUUGUUAAUGAUGCUCCUGGAGUCCUUAACCUCGUCACAGGGGUUUUUGCUCGAAGAGGAUAUAACAUUCAAAGUUUAGCUGUUGGUCAUGCUGAAAUUGAGGGGCUCUCUCGAAUUACUACUGUUGUUCCUGGUACAGAUGAAUCUAUUAGCAAGUUGCUACAGCAACUCCGUAAGUUGAAUGAUCUUCAUGAGGUUCGGGAUUUCACGCACUUGCCUUUUGCGGAGCGAGAAUUGAUGUUAAUAAAAAUUGCUGUCAAUGCUGCUGCUCGGCGCAAUGUUCUUGAUAUUGCUAGCAUAUUUAGAGCCAAAGCUGUUGAUGUCUCUGAUCACACUAUAACUCUCGAGCUCACUGGAGAUCUAGACAAGAUGAUUGCCUUGCAAAGAUUGUUGGAACCUUACGGCAUUUGUGAGGUGGCUCGAACUGGCAGAGUGGCUCUAGUAAGGGAGUCUGGUGUCGAUUCAAGGUACCUCCGCGGAUACUCGUAUCCACUGUAAUUUAGGGCCUAUAUAUAUAUAUGCGUGUGUGCAUAUAUGUAUAUAUAUUCUGUUAAUUAUUCAUUUUCCAUUACAUUCUGUUAUUUGGAUGACAGAAGACAAAACACAAUUGUAAAAUAAAAAAGAAAACAGAACAGAAGAUUUGAACCCAACAGACACAUGUUUAGUACACAUUACAUGGAUUCCACUA